AUGGCAGGGGGCUUGACGUACCUGCGGUCGGCAAGCAUUCACAGUGACCAGACCAGCGAUCCCGCUCCGCCCAUCGCUGCCAACGUGCUGGAUGCCCAGCGCAAGGUCCUGCUAAAGACAUCUGGCCACAGGCAACUCCUCGCCUGCCCAUUUGGGCUUUGCAAAUGCAAGGGGCCCCGCCUUGACCGCAAAGCCUGGGUCAAUCAUGUUCUACGCGAGCACCCCUACGACGAGCAAGCCACUGAUCUGGUCAAGCAGGUGAUGGAGGCCAAAUUGGUCGCCCAGUGCAACAAGUGUCACCUCUUCUUCGAAGCUGCUGGUAUCAGUCAACACCGCUCCCGAUGUGGUGCCAAUCUGAAGCGAGCGAGCGAGGCGUUGUUUCAUGCGGCUGGACACGACCUGCUUGAGAUUAUGCGUGGCGCUUGGCCCCAACAGUGUGUAGGGUCUCGCGUCAGCGUCUGCGAGCUGCUUAAGCUCGCCCGGCAUCCACUGAUGCAGCGCAGCCGCUACCCAUCCAACGCCACCGAGACCAAGCUGAUGGCUGCCACCCUGAGCCAGCUGUAUUGGUCUGCCGUCCACUCGGACUAUACCGCUGAAGAGCGAGAGAUGUGCUGGGCUUUGAUUUUGGCCUUGCCUAGCAUGUUGUUGUCUGCUCCCUCGACCGCACUGUCUACGAUUGACCUGCGCAAUAUGUUUCACGAUCGUCUCCGUUGGCUUGUGACGGGGCAACUAGGUCGGGUCGUGGACGCCAUGCGCAAGGCAGUCGCACGCAAGCAGAGCCGUCGAGGACAGCUGAACGCCGGCGCGGGCGCCCACCCGAACGACGCAGUCGACCAGAGCCUCAGGUCGCUCGUCCGCGACCCGGACCUGGCGGACGAAGCCUGGGCAAACCACUUGCGUCGCUUGAGCGACACGACCUUUGCCAUUGCGGUCGUGUCCAUGAUGGGUUUUGGCCUCCAUGAACUCAUCAACGUCAAGCCGACGGACAAGUGCCCGCUCUGCAGCAGCAAGACACCUCAGCCGCGACUGACCCGCGAGCACCUGUUGACCUGCCGUCCCAUCAAGCGUCACAACGCCCUUCGCGACGAGAUGGGCCGCCUGCUCAGGUACGCCACCCUCUCCCAUGUCUGGGUGGAAAAGUCUGGCUACAACGCCAACGGUCAGAGCUGCCGCAUCGACCUGCACUGCCGCAACCCCUUUCCCGGCGGUGCCUUGGGCCCAGCUCUGCCCGACCUGGGCAUUGACGUGACUGUGCGCACAGCCCAACCCCCGACCACCUCGCAAGCCUGCAUCAAGGUGGGCGCUGCCCUUCGCCGAGCCGAAAAGGAGAAGCGCGACUACUACACCGGUUUCAACCAUGGAAAAACUCUGAUCGUCCCUGCGGCGAUGACGACAACCGGUGGGUUUGCCUCCUCCUUUGUGGAUCUGCUUGGUCAGCUCGCCCGCUGCGCCGAGGCCCGUGGUGUGUACCAGCCGGGGCUGGAUGAGGCCUUUGUUCCUCGAUGGAAGGGUCGCUUUGCGGCGCUGGUCCAUCAGAUGAACGCUGACCACAUCCAGCGCCACUUUGGCGGUGUCUGCCUGCGCUCGUCGUAG